CUGGCAUCUUAGGUGAUGUUGUCCCCAUUUUCCACCUCCGCAGGGCACCCAUUUGACCCAACCUUCUACCUCAGCCAUGCCGUCUCCAAUGUUAUCUGCUUUGUGGUGUUUGGCCAGCGGUUUGAAUAUGAAGACAAACAGUUUGUCUUUUUACUUGAUGUGAUCAACAAAUCCUUCCGGCUCGUGACUUCCGCACCAUCGCAGAUGAAGAAUUUUUUCCCGGGCCUGAUGCGGAUCCUGCCUGGGCCUCACCAAGAAGGUCCCAAGUACAUGAAGGAGUUAAUAAACUUCAUCUCUCAGAGGGUCCAGAUCCACCGGGAAUCCUUCGAUCCAAAUUGCCCCCGGGACUUCAUUGACUGUUUCCUGGCCAAAAUGGAGCAGGAGAAAGAGAACCCAACUUCGGAAUUCCAUAAUGAGAACUUGGCUGUUACGGUUCUUAACCUGUUCUUUGCAGGAACAGAGACAGUCAGCACCACCCUCAGAUACGGACUUCUCAUCCUCCUCCGAUACCCAGAGAUAGAAGCUAAGGUCCAAGAGGAGAUUGACCGGGUCAUUGGGAGGAACCGCAGCCCCUCCUUAGAGGACCGGAGUCAGAUGCCCUUCACGGAUGCUGUCAUUCAUGAGAUCCAGCGCUUUGUAGACGUCUCCCCACUGGCACCUCCUCAUUUGGUGACCUGUGACACACAUUUCCGGGGCUUCAGCAUUCCCAAGGGAACCACAGUAGUGCCAUUCCUGUCGUCCUGCCUGCAUGACCCCCAGCACUUUCAGACACCGAGGAAGUUCAAUCCUCAGCACUUCCUGGAUGAAAGAGGGUCCUUCAGGAAGAAUGAGGCCUCCCUCCCAUUUUCAACAGGGAAAAGGGUCUGCCUUGGCGAAGGUUUGGCCCGUAUGGAGCUCUUCCUAUUCCUCACAACAGUGUUGCAAAACUUCCACCUAAAAUCCCUCCAAGAGAGGGAGGAAAUAGACAUUUCAGCGGAUGUGCGAGGCAGUUCAAAGCUUCCCCGGCCUUAUAAUCUUUGCGUGGUUCCCCGGUAAAUGGUCCCUGCUGCAUGAGCGCUGAGAUAUUUGGGGGAUUCAGGUGCCUCUUCUAUGUCUCUCUCUCUGAUUGGGAGAUAAUAUUUACACAAUGAAGGUUCGUGGCUGGGAAACUGCUUUGAAAAUCACUGUGACUAAAGUGUGUUAUGUGUAGAACUCAAUAUAAAAGGAGUCUGCCCUGCU